AUGAAUGUUGAACAUAAUGACAGCACUAAUACAACCACAACCAUUGCCAAAGUAUCUAACGGACAGAAGAAAACAAUAAAACUGCAUAACAAAAACAAGAAUAAGCAUAAGAAUAAGGAUAAGAUACAACACAACCGUAAAGAUACCACCACCACAUCUGCAAAUAAGGAUAGUAGGCACAAACGUAAAUUUAAUAAGCCCAAAAAAACAACCCCCUCAUCUGUUUCACCAAGUACUAACAAUUCACAAAGAUCAAAAGCUAUUAAGCAAUGUCAAACUCUUUUAUCAAAUAAACAAUUCAGAUUAUUUAGGGAUGACAAACAAUCUACUCAAUAUGGUUUUACUUUGAAUAAUAAAAUUAACAAUAGAUACGUAGUAGUAAUUCCAAAUGAUUAUCCUAGUCAUCCAAUACGGUUACUAAAUCAAAAAAAUGAUCAAAAUGUAUCAGAUUCACUUGAAUAUAGUUAUUUAAUUAAUAAUUUCAAUAAGAAAUGCAAAUUAGAUGAUCCUGAGAAAACAUAUAUAGUAUCACAAUUAAAUUACUUAGCUGUGAACCAUGACAUUUUAACGACUCAAUCCCCCAAAGAUUUCAAUAACUAUAUGCAUCUUCAUAAAACUUUCUAUAACCAAUUUAAAUAG